AUGACCAGCAAGGGCGUGAAACGUGCAUCCCCUGGGGACUCGACAGAGAAAGAUCUCCUCAGUGACGUCAAGCUGACAGACGAGUACGCGGCGAAGCUGCAGGGGAUCCAAAGGGAACUUGCGCGUCGUGAGCUUAUCCUAGAGCGCCAUGCACAGGAGUUUCUCUUGUCCGUGUAUGAAGACCGGCGGAGCCUCCUCAAGGGGAUCCCGAAGUUCUGGGCCGUCGCGCUCAUGAACCACAACAUGCUCGCAAUGCAAGCGCAGCACAACGUGGACCAGGUCCUGCUCAGCUAUCUGGAGGACGUCUGGGUCGCGCGGGAUUUGGGGGAAUCGCGGUGUUUCACGCUAGAAUUUCACUUCAAGGAAAAUCCGUAUUUCUCGAACAGGGUGCUGAAGAAGGAGUACCGGUACAUGUUGCAUAUCGCAGUGGAGGACAAUCAGCCUGACGUGGAUGGCAUUACACAAUCCAUGCUUGAGUUCUCAUGGGAACGUGAUGUGGAGCCUCAGGCCCAGAAGAUCGACUGGAAGGAUGAUUCGAAGAACCUCACUAAGCUGUGCCCCCAGGUGAUGGACGACGAUGGUGAUGACAUGCCGUCGGAAGGUGGCAGUUUCUUUAAUUAUUUUGAGCAUGAAGGUGAUCCAUACAAUAUUGGGGUGCUCAUCGUGAACAACAUUUUUCCAGAGGCAAUCGACUAUUUCCUAGGCCAGGCCGGGGGCGACGGCAUGGAGGAGGAUGAUGACGCAAUGGAGAUUGACCUGGGGAAGCGAUGCCUGAAGAAGGCGAAGAACAUAGAUGACAGCGGCCAGGUUCCCGUCACAAAUGACAUCGUUCUAGAGGCAAUCUUGGACCAGGCUGAGGGCGAAGACGACAGCCAGGACAAUGUCAACGACAACGUGAGUAUUGACUACCGUUCACGUUGCAAGUGUUAUGAGCCUUAUUAUUAG